CUUGCAAAGCUUUACGCACUGGGUAGGGGGUAGGGAGGCAAGGAGCGGCACUUAAUAGUCUCCAGUCCUUCUUCAGGUGCUUAUCUUCUCUGAGAGGAGCUAGAAGUGGACAUGCCCAGACCAGACCAGACCACCACUGACACCGGGACUCGUCAUCUUCGCCGGGUUUAAGUGCGCCGAAAUGAACAGAACCGCAGAUAUCUGCAACCACUGUCGGAACAUGAUCAGGGAGAAGGAAAAAGGAAUGAAGAUGUCAAGACUUAUAUCAACAGGACCAAGCUCAUUUAUUCCUGAAAAUGAGAUCAUAGCAGCCUCGCCCCUAAGUGACUCCACAGUGAUGUACUUAGAUGAAGAGUUCAAUGGGCGUGUCGAUAACCUGACACAAGUGAUGGGGCUCCACCCACAUUACCUGCAAGCCUUCCUGCGCUGCCACUAUUACCUCCUCAGGAUGGACGGCCCACUACCACUCCACUACAGACAUUACAUCGCUAUAAUGGCCGCAGCACGACAUCAGUGUUCGGUGCUGGUGUGUCACCACAUGCAGGAGUUCGAGCAGAUAGGGGUGUGUUCUGAUUGGCUAAGAGGUUUAGAGUUCUGCCCGCAGCGACUUCGCAACCUCAACGAGAUCAACAAAAUCCUGGCACACAGGCCCUGGCUCAUCACUAAGCAGCAUAUACAGGCUCUGGUGAAGACAGGAGAACACAGCUGGUCUUUGGCGGAGCUGGUUCACGCUGUCGUCCUGCUGGCUCACUUUCAUGCCUUGUCUAGUUUUGUGUUUGGUAGCGGCGUCAACCCUGACCCUGAGGUCACAGAGGUCAGCGGAGUCUCAGAUGACCUUUGCCCCCCAGCUAUGGCCAGUUUGUGCACCUGCCACCUAACAAACAGCAACCAGACCAACAGGAACUCGCAGCGUAACGCUGGGAGUGAACUAGAGGCUCUGAUGGAGAGAAUGAAGCGAUUGCAGGAGGAGAAAGAAGACGAUGAUGCUUCGGAAGAGGAGAUGUUCACUCGCUUUGAGAAAGAGAAGAAAGAGAGUCUUCUGGUUGUAUCUACAGGGUUCGACGAAGAGGGUGUGCCUCCCUCUCCCGUGGCUCGGUUUGUGGCCGACCCGUCGUUUGGAUACCAGGACUUUGCACGACGUGCAGAAGACAACCCACCCACUUUUAAAGCACAGGACUACACAUGGGAGGAUCAUGGUUUCUCUCUGUUGAACAGGUUGUACUCUGAUGUUGGUCACCUGUUGGACGAUAAGUUUAGAACUGCAUGUGAUCUGACCUAUUACAACAUGGCCAGUCACGAGGGGGUGGACACCAGCAUGCUGCGAAGGGCGCUGUUCAAUUACGUCCACUGUAUGUACGGUAUAAGGUAUGACGAUUAUGAUUAUGGUGAAGUAAAUCAGUUGUUGGAAAGUAGUCUGAAGGUUUACAUUAAAACAGUAACAUGUUACCCAGAGAGAACCACACGCCGCAUGUACGACAGCUACUGGCAUCAGUUCAGACAUUCAGAGAAGGUUCAUGUGAAUUUGCUUCUCAUGGAGGCCCGAAUGCAAGCAGAACUGCUGUAUGCUUUGAGAGCUAUUACCCAUUAUAUGACCUGACCAGUCAGACUUUAUACAACACCUGUU